UGGACUCAAUCUGGAUACAGUCGGUCUCCUUCGCUCUUAUGAGCCUCGAUCAUCUUGUUUAUUAGAGCUGCCAGGUGUUUCCACCAUGGCAGACCUGUACCCGUAUCCAGUUUUCAUUGACUGCACCAAAACUCUGGAUCAGGAGCAAAAGAAGAAAAUAGAAAACUACUUCAAAAUCCAGCGCAGAUCAGGAGGGGGUGACUGCAGCUCAGUCACUAAUAUAUCUGGUACAGUUUACAAAAUAGCAUUUAGAGAUCUACAAGCUCAACAAAGAGUACUGCAGAGAAGUGAGCAUGUGUUGACGAUUGGAGGAUGUUCUCUGACUUUGACUGUUCGAGAAGGUCCUGAACCUCAUAGAUCUUCUUCUGUCACUACUUCGACCGCAUCCUCCACGCCUGACUACACGACUACUCCACAGCAUCACUCCAUCCCUGUUCCAAACCCAGCAUCAAGUGGAGAACAUCAUGUAAAGCUUGAGCCCUACCUCAUUCGCUACCUUAAGGAUUGUCCUCAGGCUGGGGAAGAGUUGAGCAAAGAACUGAGCACUUUGGGCUGCCGUGCUGAGCUUUACCCAGAGGAUGGGAAAGUUUGUGUGAGGUCUUUAGUUCAGCCUAGUGCAUCAGAACAAGUUAAAAAGUGGGAAGAUGAGGUGGACAACCUCUUUAAAAGGAUUGAUAAACAAUAUCAUCGUCAUUUUGAGGUAGAGCCUUCCAAAAUCACCAUUUUCCUUCAGUCCUGUAAUGCUUGUCCUACAGCAGAUGGUGUGAAGGUCUACAGUGAGGUUGGGAUGGCUGUUGUGGUUGGAGAACAUUCUCAGGUGAAUGCCAGGUUGAAGCAUAUGAUGGACUCACAUGUCAAAGUUCGUGGGUCAAGUUUGAGUGAGAAGCACACACGUACUCGUCGACUGGGUGAAGCAAAGCUCCGCCUCCUCUGGAAAGAGAUUGUGAGCAGUGUGCAGAGAGAUUUUCCUGGUGUGAAGGUCACACAUGGAGAAGCAGGUCAGUUAGUUCUUGAAGGAUCUGCAGAGGAGAUCCUAAAGGCUGGUGAUUUGAUAGCUGUGAUAGAAAGUGUGGUGUCGGAAAGGACCGUUUCUGACAUGAGCCAAAAUCUUCUGGAUUUAUUAAGGACAGCAUAUGGUGGUCCAGGGAAUCUAAGAGACUUCCUAGGAUGUGGUGACCAGGUGGAACUAGAACUAAAGCCAAGAGAUCUGUGGCUUUACUCACAAUCGGCUGAUAAAAUUAAUCAAACCCUAAAGGAACUGCAAGACAAAUUCAAAGAAGUAAAGAUCAAUGUUCCGAACUGCUCUGAUGUACCAUCUGAGCUUCGGGAGAAACUCAAGUCCAAGGUAAAUGAAAUGAACCAAACAGGAUGUAGGGUUCAGGUCCUGUUUGGCUCAGAUAGUAUGGUGCACCUACUGGGCCACACCAAAGAAGUCCAGGAGCUAUAUGAAGUUAUCACACUGUUCAUUUUGGACCAGGCACGCAUAGAAGGCAAUAUUGUUCUUCCUUUCCCAGAGUUAGGACAAAAGUUACCGGAAUUGCUGCAACAACAUGGGUUUGACCAUUCAGGUGUUACCCUCCAUCUUUCAUACACUUCUUCUGCAGCUAUAGUGGUUCUAGAAGGUCCAUCCAACAGAGUGACUCAGGUCAGAAGCAGACUGGGUCCAUUUCUGGACUCUCUGCGUCAUGAAAAAAUCUCUAUUGAUAUGCCAGGGGCAGUAAGAUAUUUUAGAAGCCCCUCUGGUAGAGAUGCUCUUCUCAAAGCUAGUCGUGAUUACAAGUGUGUUGUACAGCUUGAGGAAAACAUAGCAGGGCUGAAUUUGUCAUCUUUACGUGAAGGCACAGUAGUUGCCAGUUACUCGCUUCGUGGUGGGCUCCAGGUGUUGGUGUGUCAGGGGGAUAUCACCAAACUGGAGGCUGAUGUCCUGGUGAACGCAGCCAAUGAGGAUCUGGACCACUGUGGAGGUGUUGCUGCAGCUCUGAGUAAAGCCGGUGGCCCUCAGGUGCAGAAGGAGAGCAGCCGUUUGGUUCAGCAAAAAGGAAAAAUUCGCACAGGUGAAGUGGUCAUGACAACAGGCGGAAAUCUUAAAUGCAAGGCACUGCUGCAUGCGAUCGGGCCUGUCCAGGGUGACGUAGGCGGCAGAGAGAAGGUCUUAAUAGAACAAAGUGUAAAGAAAGCUCUGGAUUUAGCUGAAACAAAGAAGUUCAGAUCUAUAGCAAUACCCUGCAUCAGCUCAGGUGUGUUUGGGGUCCCAGUGAGGGACUCCGCUGAGGCUAUGGUAACAGCUGUUAUGAAGUUUGGCAGUCAGGGAGGGCGGAGUCUGAACAGAGUAAUGCUGAUCGACAACAGAGGAGAGGUGGUGAGGUCAAUGCAAGACACGUGCGACCGACUUCUCCAGGGAAUUAGCACGGGAAGCAGCGUUCCAAGAGAUGUCGAACGAGUCCGUGUAGAGGUCAUUCAAGGAACCAUCGAGACCCAACAGGUUGACAGCCUGGUAUCCCCCAUGGUUGGCCAUGAUCCAGUCUCUACCCGUGUAGGACAGGCUUUCUCCAAUGUCGUUGGACCUCAGAUGACUGGGAAGUUUCACACCGAAGCACGAGGCGGAACCCUGACUGGUGAUACAGUGCUGGUCCAUGGUUUGCCAGGACUCCAGUCAAAGGCAGUAUUCUUCCUUAAUCUCAUCCAAUGGGAUAAAAAACAAAAUGGAACUGCAGUCCAGGCUCUGAAACGGGGCAUCAGUCAGAUCCUGGUUUCCUGUGAGAACAAGGGCUUCAGGUCCGUGGGUUUCCCAGUGCUCGGCACCGGCGCUCUCCUCCGUUUUCCACACGUCGUGGCAUCCAGGGUCCUGAUGGAAGCGAUCCGAGAUUUUGAACAAAACCGAACAAGUACAACUCCAUUCCUUGUGCGUGUCGUCGUUCACCCUAAUGACAAAGACUCUAGGAAGGCUUUCCAAUCUGCACAGCAAACAUUUCACCUCAAAGGAUUCACAAACAAUGCUAACCCAGACCAAGCCUCCUUUUACCGCUAUGUCUCUGCAUCCAAUGAUGAGGUGACCGCCAUGCUGGGCGGAGUCAAGCUGCAGAUGGUCCGUGGUGAUAUCACACAUGAGAGAACAGACGUCAUUGUCAACACAACAGACUUCUCGAAUAACCAGUCGGGUGUGUCCCAGGCCAUUCUGACGGCAGCAGGACCCACUGUCCAAGCAGAGUUAAGACAAAUUGGCACCCCGACAGACCGUACGUGCGUCACAGGAGCUGGGUUGCUUGGCUGCAAUGAAAUCUUUCACGCUAGCUUUCAUUGUGAUCCUCAGAAGAUCAAUAAGAACUGCAAAAAGAUACUGAAGCACUGUGAGAGCAAAGGCUACACCUCUGUCGCCUUCCCAGCUGUCAAUACAGGAAUGGGUGGCAUGGAUUCUGCUGCAGCGUGCAAAGCCAUGCUGGACGGUAUGGCAUCAGCGAUUAUAGACCUGAAUCCUAAUUCUACCCUCUCUGUCAUCCGUAUUGUCAUCCUGCAACAACCCAUCUUUCAGGUUUUCAGAUCAGAGCUUGAGAACCGCUUUGGACAAAUGGCCCCUACUCACAACCUGGCAGAAAAAAUUCUGAAGCAUGUAAGGCGUACUUCUAAACUGUCUUCAAUGCUGCCAAACAUCCUUUCCUCGAAGCCACAGCCAGUGAUCAUAAGUGUAAUCUGCUGUAGUUCUGACAUCAUCAGAACCAUCAAAACAGCGCUGGAGGCGAACCUGCAGCAGCUGCUGGUUAAGAGAGAGGUUGAUAUGCGUGAUUUCUCCAGACUUGAUGCAAUGGAACUGGCUGCAGUGCUAACAAACAUCAGGAUCCUCGGUAUUAGCCUCCAGGAGAGGGAACGUCAAAGCGCCAAUGGCAACAUGGCUGCAUCUGGAGCCAGAGCACGAUCAGGGUCUACAGAGGUGGUCUACGUCCUGAAAGGCCUGAAAGAAGAUGUUCUGAGCAUCACUGAACUGGUGAACAAAGCGCUUCAAAAAGCCCUCCAGGAACAAGAAGAAGAAAAUUUGUCUUUGACUGUUCAGUGGUUUAUUCAGGGUCAACAGGAAAAAUGGAAGGAGUUCAGCCUGCAUGAAAACUACCUGUUAGAGGAUGCUUAUGCAAUCCAGCAAGUGUCUGUAGACGUGAAGGAACCAGACGGCAUGGAAGUCACAGUAAACCUGAGGACAAUGGAAGCCACCAACUGGGUGACAGGCAUCACAUACAAAGUCAAAAGGAUUCUGACUAACAUAACCUUAGAAUUGCCUGAACACUGGGACCCUAUGGAGGGUGAAGACUUCAAAAAGGUGGAGCUGAAUCCAAACUCUAAGGAGUACAAGGAGAUAGCCCAGGGUUUCCUCAAAACGGCUAAAUACAACAUUCAGAAAAUCGAACGCAUCCAAAACCUCCACCUGUGGCGAGCGUUUGCCGUGUGUAGACAGCGUAUACUUGCGAAGAACGGCGUGGCAGAACUAGGAGAGAAGUUGCUUUACCAUGGCACAUCUGCAGAAUCAUGCAACUGCAUCGAGAGGGACAAGUUUGACAGAGGCUACGCUGGAACACAUGCUGCUGCGUAUGGAAAAGGCGUUUACUUUGCAGUCACUGCAGAAUAUUCAGCUCGUGGUUACUCCCCAGCAGACUCCACAGGUCUGAAGAGGUUGUACGCUGCCCGUGUCGUGACUGGGCGUUACACCGGUGGUAACUCUACUUUGUGUGCCCCUCCUGCUCGUGGCUCUGACCCCAGCGACCGCUUCGACAGCGUGGUUGACAACCAGCAGAGACCCAACAUGUUCAUCAUCUUCCACGACGGCCAGGCCUACCCAGAGUACCUCAUCAUCUUCAAAUAGGUUUAAUAUGACAAAGAGGUGCCUUCAUACAGUCGCAGAAAAAAUUAUUAGACCACCCCUUGUUUUCUUCAAUUUCUUGUUCAUUUUAAUGCCUGGUACAACUAAAGGCACAUUUGUUUGGACAAAUAUAAUGAAAACAACAAAAAUAUCUC